AUGCGAUUGACCGUCGAGCUUAUCCAGAAUUCCCUUUCCUAUAUCAACCCUCUCAAGGACCGCGAGUUGGAUCUCCGAGGGCACAAGAUUCCUGCAAUUGAGAACUUGGGUGUCGCAAAGGACCAAGAUGCGAUCGAUUUCACAGACAACGACAUCGCCUCGCUCGGUAACUUCCCGCACUUCCCCCGCUUGAAAACGCUCCUCCUCGCGCGCAACAGAGUCAACCACAUCCAGCCGACGUUAGCAGCAUCGGUACCAAACCUGACAGCCCUGGUCUUGACGGCAAACAAUCUGUCGGAACUAGCAGAUUUAGAUCCUUUGCGGAAUCUAGCUGGCUUGACUCAUUUAGUGCUGUUGGAGAACCCCAUCACAAGAAAAGAGAACUACCGGUACUGGGUGAUCUGGCGGAUUCCCACGAUCCGUUUUCUCGACUAUCAAAAGGUGAAGGACGCAGAACGGGCCGCGGCCAACGAGCUCUUCGGCACUGCCGAACAACCGUCCGCGCUCGCCUCCAAGAUCAUCGGAAUCAAGUCCCGUACCUUUGACAUCUCCUCGGCCGCGCCCAGCGAGCGCGCCACGGCAGACAAGGCCAUCCGGGUGAAGUUGACGGAGAAGGAGCGCAAACGGGUCGAGAAGCUCAUCCGCGAAGCCAAGAGCCUGCAGGAGAUCACCCGGCUGGAAAGGGAACUCAACGAAGGCCGCAUACCGGGCGGUGCAUUUGCAGACGACGACACAGACAUGCAGAUGUAA